AAACUAUAUUCUUUAACUGUAACUCCACAAUAUUUAACCCUGCACUGUUGAAUAAAAACACCAAAGUUUCACUUACAUUAUUUUAACAGUGUUAAACAGAGCCAAUACUUUCUCUUCGUAUACUUAUAUGUUUCAUGGAACACUAGAUCAGAUUGAAUUCUGUCAACAAAGCAUUGCCAUUUUUGAACUAUCUAGCAGGUUCCCAUUAGCUUUCCCCUCAAUAUACUUAGCGCUGGGAUCUGUUAUUCUUGGUGGGAUAUGGAUGCUUUGCCAAAAAGAAAUCAUCAAAGACUCUGAAGCAGCUGUUUAUAUGGACUGAAGUUUUGUACUUAUAACGUGGUCCAAUAUACAUAAUACAGGAAUCAGAAUCUGACUUCUUGGACAAGGAAUGAAUUGCAUUGAGUCAGAGAGUGUUUGAUUCUAAAUAGACAGAAAUAAGGAAGAAAAAUGCAGACACAAAGAAUAAUGCCGAUUAUUUUUCCAUCAGGGAGACCUAUUCAGUGUUUACAUUGUUUAAAGAGAAGGGUGUUCUUAAAUAAUGGACAAAGUACUAGUUUGUUUCGAAGUUUUUCUAAGCUAUCCACAGAUGGGUCCAAUGGCACAAGAUUAUCAAGAACUCGUAAGGUGUUGCUAGGGUCUGGAAUUUUCACAGCUGCUAGUGGUGUUGGAUAUCUCUGUUUAAAAGAACAGUAUAAGAGGAAAGUGCGGGUGACAGCUGGAGGACUUGUAAGAUUCUUCAGGUCUGCAGUCAUAGGACUCUCCAUAUCUGUUGACUACAAAUCGUCGUUAUGGAACUUAGAAGAGGACUCGGCUGAGUACGACAAGAUAAUACGACUCUGCCACAAGCGCUCAGCAGAGAAGCUGCUGAUGGGAUGCCUAAAUAAUGGAGGAUUGUAUGUGAAACUGGGCCAGGGAUUGGUGUCAAUGAACCACAUACUGCCGAAGGAAUAUGUCGAUACACUCGUCAUCCUCCAAGACAAAGCCUUACACAUGGAACCACAGGAGAUGGAGGAAUUGUUCCUGGAAGAUUUCGGCAGUUCCCCCCAUACUCUUUUCAAAGAGUUUGACGAAGAACCCAUUGCCGCGGCAAGCCUUGCCCAGGUUCAUAAGGCUACGACUCAUGACGGGCGCGAUGUAGCUGUCAAGGUUCAGUACAUAGACUUACAAGACCGCUUUGCUGGUGACGUCAAGACCUGUGAAAUUCUGCUCAAAGUAAUUGGAUGGAUGCAUCCCAAGUUUGAAUUAGCCUGGGUAUUACAGGAUAUGAAAGGGACUCUUGCCCAGGAACUUGAUUUCGUGAACGAGGGGAAAAACUCGGAACGUUGUCAGUCGGACCUGAAACACCUAGACUUUGUGUAUGUUCCAAAAGUGCACUGGGAUAAAACAAGCACUCGUGUGUUAACAGCUGAAUACAUAGAUGGCUGUAAAGUGAGUGAUGUCGAGGGAAUCAGAAAGCUGGGAUUGUCACUUAAAGAUGUUGACCAGAAGCUGGUGCGAUGUUUCUCAGAUCAGAUUUUCCUCACUGGAUUUGUACAUGCUGAUCCUCACCCAGGCAAUGUGUUCAUAAGGGUUGGCAAAGACAAGAAGUCAGAGAUCGUACUACUGGACCAUGGCUUGUACGACUACCUGAAACCAUGCCAUCGCGAGUACCUCUGUAACUUGUACAAGGCCAUCAUCAUGCGCAAUGAAGAUGAUAUGGAGAGAUACUCACACUUACUUGGGGUUAAAGAUUACCAGAUAUUUGCCAGUUUGGUAAAACAGGGACCAGUCAUGUUCUCGAAGGCGCCGCCGCUAUUCCGCCAUAAACCUGUAGCCAUGAAGUCAUUCCGUAAACUCCCCAAACAAAUGCAGGCGGAAAUGCGAGAAGAUUUCGAAAUUCUGCACGAGCGAAUAUUUAAAGUUAUGCGAGACAUGCCUAGCUCCCUUCUUUUGAUUUUUAGGAACAUGAACACCGUUAGGGCGAUCACGAGAGAACACGGACAUCUUGUGGACAGAUAUGGCAUCAUGGCUAAAAGCGCUAUCACAGGCACCUAUCACAAGGAGGCCGAGGAUAUCACGCUGAUAUCACGAGCCCAGGCGUGGUGGGACAGGAUGGUCUAUGACUAUCGUGUUAAGGCCGAGGGCUGGAAAAUGUGGGUCGCAUUCAUGUAUAUCCGUAUUCUACAGUUCAUGGGUAGAGCACCACCCGUCGAGAAAGUGAAGAGUUUCAUGGAAAAUGAGGAAAAGAGGUACGAGAAUAUGUGAAGAAGAUGUUAAUCUGUCGAAGCAUUCGCUGUGAUUUGGAAUUCAUCCGAGGUCACUGAAGGGUGCUAGGUCUACCGUGUGUAUUGUUGUGAUUUGUCAUUAACGGUUAAGAACGCUUUGUUUGGAAUGUUGCGAAUUACUGUAACAUUGUCAGUAAAGAUUGUUGAUGAAAUCUGCAAGAAUCUUUAGGAGAAAAACAUGAUCAAGCAAACAUGUUAAGAUAUGUGGCUUUCAUAUUUCAAGAUAUUGAAAGGAUGUGAAAAUCAGAGAUGAAGAUAAGUCUUGACAUUUGUAUGCAAAUCAUUAAGAAACGAGCCAGCAACUGGCAUUUCAGUACUGAAAUACCUAAAAUUUGUAAAUAGAAAUGAUAGAUUCAUGUAUAGUCAAACGCACUUGCUCAAUAUCCUUGUUGGCUUGAGCUGCAUUUAAAGGAAUGAUUUCUUUUCUUCUGAAUGUAACAAUUCCCGCUUGGCUCCAAUUCCCUGUGGUUCAGUAUAUUUAAGCUGGUCGCUGGGAGUUAGAGCCAACGGGGUUCAACUGUUAUCUGAUACAUUAAGUGGUGUGUUAUGAUACUGCUCCUCACAUUCGAAUGUUUUAUAUUGUAUUUAAAUGAAAAAGACACUUAGACAUAACAAAAGCAAAUGUUUGUAUCUGGUUUCGUGACAGACUCUACCAGUAAUUGUUUGCACCUUUCCCUAUUUUUUUCUGCCAGCAGACAAAGUCAGUCCGUCACUAUAUUCUACUCCAUUGGGAUAAAUCUUUGGUAUUUUUUUGUACUAGAAAGAUCUGUAAACCUAACCAGAUAAAAUGGUGUUGGGGUGCAGUGAUAUAAAAACAAAACUUGACUCAAAAUAUAAAAAAAAAUCCCACCUACGUAUAUUGUUUGGGAGGGAAAUCAGAAACAAAAAAGUUUCUUGAAAUUAAUCAAAUUUUAAAUUAAGAUUGAAGUUAUGAUUUUACAUUCAUAGUUUUAUUAUACGUUAUUUAUACAUUUACUUCUGCAGUGCACUCUGCUACUAUGGAACUCAUUGUUAUAUGUACAGCAUUUCAUACUGUUUUUUAUUUACACAUGUACAAUUCAGGAAUGAAUGCUUAAAUAUAUCAUAUAAAAUCAACAAUGUUAUUCAUUCUUGAACAGGAGUAGAACAUCAGUUUUUGUUAUUAUUAAUUUGACUUGUUUUUAUUCUAUUUAAUCUGUUACUGAGGAUGUUUUUCCUGGUGCAGUCUUAUCAACAAGCAUAAAAUUUGAUUAAUUAUUUAAUACUUAUUCUUGGUUGUAAUGAGAUAUAUUUUACAACAAAUAGUUUGAACAAUUUUAAUCACUUAAUAUUAAGAUGUCUUGUUUUAGGCCUGUUAAAAAUUGGCUGGAAAGACAGUAAAAUAGACAGAAAAUUUGGGUAUUUUGAUAGUGUUUUCUGGCCAGUUUGAAUGAUGGUAUUUUGAUAGUGUUUUCUGGCCAGUUUGAAUGACUGGACACUGUUAACCCUGGUGUUCUGUUAUCAGGCAAAAAAAUGAUGUAAAUAAUAAAUUAUUGCAGUAUUAUAAUGACAAUUUUUAUUAAGUUGUAUGUCCUGAUGGAGCUUAAAAUGAUUCACCUCAUUAUAUGUCAUUAUAUAUCUAUUUAAUUUAACUUAUUUUCAAACUGUUAAAAGUCAGGAAAUCUUUUUCCUUGGAAGCUCUCCUAUGUGUUAGGUUAAGGAAUUGUUGUAUUUGACAAGCAAGUGCUAUAUUUAUUUAUCUCUGCUGAAUAUAAUGUCAAUAUAAUGUUUUCCACCAAUAAUAAAAUAAUAAUAAUGUGUUUACCAUUGACUGUUAGCCUUUUUGCUUGACUGGUACACCGAUGUUAUUGUAGCUAUUAUAAGAAAUGAAAUAUUUGUAAAGAAUUAGUAUUUUUGUCUUUCAUUAACUUCAAAACCAUGUCUUAUUAAACCAGUAUUUUGUAUUUGUAUUCUAGUGAUGUUUUAUUCCUGUAAUCCUUGUUUGAUCAUGCAAGACAAUUGUUUAAAUUUUUAUUGUUGUUACAUGCUGUUCACUUAAGGAAUGAAUUGUGGGAAUGAUGUCAUUAUCGGGAUAUGAACUCAGUUGGGCUGGUUAAAGUCUAGAGUGCAUGACUGUGUACUUUAACAAGCCCAACUGUGUUCAUAUCCCUGAUAAUGACCUCAAUACCACAAUUCAUUACUUAUAUUUACACCAACAGUUCAUUAUUUCAUUCAAAAAUUUUAAAAAAUACUCUUCAUUUCAUUGAAGAAAACCUUACAGUAAUUCGUUCUCAGCCAUUCUGUAAAUAGAACGACCUAACUGUAACUGGAAACAGUAUAUCAAAUGAUGUCACAAUAAAGCAAAAAAAUCAAUCACUUCAAAUCACUUUUAAUCAUAAAAUUGAAACACUAAUGACAACAAUAUAUUUACAGAUCAUAAAUUUACACUUUCUAACAUGUUAAGUUUUGGGGCCUGCUGACACAAUAUAAACAAUAAAAAGAUAAACUAAUUUCAAUUUACAUGUAUAUUGUUAUGCGAUGACUCACGAUCAGAACAGAUCUCAGAUGUUGCAUUCAUAGGAUGAUACUUGCAAUUGCCGAAGGGCAGUUCAUUAAAGGAAUGGAAGUUGAGUUGUAAAUAUAUUGUUUUAUGCUUACUUUUUAUCAUCUCAUUUAGAUAACACACAAGUCUGCCAUAUACCAUAUGCCAUUAUAUGACAGAUGAACAUCAUAGUUUAAAUAGUUUAUUUAAUAAGAAUUGGUUUUUAUAUGCACGUUUACAAAACAGGACUUCUAAUAGUUUUACCAGCGGUGUGCGGCAUCUAGUAUGUUGUCCACUCAAUAACCUUUGUCAAAUCAUCACCAAACUUGGUCAAACUGUGUUUUGGCAUAAUAUCUUUUGCAAGUUCGAUAACCAGCCUGGUAUCGGUCUAGUCACUCAAAUUUUACCGCCCUUAAAUUAUAGAAAUUACCUUAGAUCCGUCUCCUCUAAUCCAUAACUUUUAAAGCCUUUGCCAAUCAGCACUAAAUUAAGUCAGAAUAUGUAUUGCUAUAAUAGCUCAGGCAAGUUAACCAGCCAUAUUGCUCUAGUCACCCAAGAGUUUUUGGCCCUUUAAUGAUCUCAAAUUGGUCUUGUCUUCAAUAACUUAAGAAGCCUUUGUACAAUCAUCCCCAAAUUGGGACAGAAUAUGAGUGGGCAUCAAAUCUUGGACAAAUUUAAUAACCAGCCAUCUGGCUUGAGUCUGUUGAGAGUUACUGCCCUUCAGUUAUAGAAAUUACCUAAAAUCAGUCUCCUCCAAUCAAUAACAUAAGAAGCUUGUGUCCAAUCAUCACCAAAUUUAGUCUGAAGGUGUAUGGGAAUAACCUUGGACAAGUUUGAAAACAAGCCAUAUCGCUCGUGUCACUUAAGUGUAAUCAACCUUUAAUUAAUGAGAUUACCUAAAAUCUGUCUUGUUCGAUCAAUAACUUAAGAAGCUUUUUUCCAAUCAUCACCAAAUUUGGUCAGAAUAUGUAUGGACAGGAUAUCUUGGUCAGGUUUGAUAACUGAGGCAGCCACUCCAGAUUUAUGACCUUUUAAUUGGCAAAAACUGUAACCACAGUGUCUACACUCUAAAUUUGGCUUAACGUACAACCACUUAUCAACUUAGUGUCCCAAAUUAGGAUUGGCGUAUUUUGUGACAGCAAAAUUCAUUUGUGUGAUAUCAAGAAAGCCUUAAAAUUUAUAACUGAUCUUUGUAUAAGUGGUUGAAUUGUUUCAGCAGAUAAUGUGUAUUAUUGUUAAAAUGUUUUAUCAGACAUUGUGCACUAUUGUUGAAAUGUUUUAUCAGACAUUGUGCACUAUUGUUGAACAUUUUAUCAGACAUUGUGAACUAUUGUUGAAAUGUUUUAUCAGACAUUGUGUAUUGUUUAAAUGUUUUAUCAGACAUUGUACACUAUUGCUGAAAUGUUUUAUCAGACAUUGUGCACUAUUGUUGAAAUGUUUUAUCAGACAGUGUGUAUUAAGGUCGAAACCUUUUAUCAGACAUUGUGCACUAUUGUUGAAAUGUUUUAUCAGACAUGUGUAUUAAGGUCGAAACCUUUUAUCAGACAUUGUGCACUAUUGUUGAACAUUUUAUCAGACAUUGUGCACUAUUGUUGAAUGUUUUAUCAGACAUUGUGUACUAUUAUUGAACAUUUUAUCAGACAUUGUGCGUUAAUGUUGUUAUGUGUAUUAUUGUUGAACAUUUAAUCAGCCAAUGUGUAUAUUAUUGAAAUGUUUUAUUUAUUGAGUUAAGUAAUGAUCAUAAAUUAUUA